AGUACGUUAUUAAAGCUAAAAUAACAAAUAUGGCGGAUAAGAGCGGUACAUAUUCAAUUGAGGGCGAAUGCGCGUUCCCUUUCGUGCACGCGCCUCAGUUUAGACAGGAGCGAGUGCGCGCUCCCGGAUCAACAAGUAUCUUCCAUCUACAGUUCUUCUUUCUUUCUUUCUCUCUCGUGUUUUUUUUUUUGCACGCGCGUAUUCGAUCGUUACGAUGUUACGGAAUUCAUUCCAAUAUGAAUAGCAAGCGAGGUUAGGUGUUAAACUGGAUAGUUUUAGGUAUAAAAGCGCAACAAAGCAAAAGAAACGCCGAGUUUGGAGGACCGUUAUGUCCCGUUAGGAGAUUUAUUAACGCGCCAGCCGAAGAAAACUCUGGAGUUUGGAGUUUAUUUCUUCUUCACGGAAUUUCCUUUUAUCUCUAUUCUUCUUUUUCAUUUUUUUUUCUUUUUGGUCCAUCUUGUGGUGUGCAUGGGCUGUCGGUAAGCUCGUGCGCUCCGCGGGAUGGGAGCGAGCCAGGGAAAGCAGAGCGGGAGUGAAGGGAAGGGCAGUUCCAGCAUUUCCUCCGACCUGAGUUCAAGUACGGAUCAGACGUCGACCAAAGCUCAGAAGAAUGUGGCUACCAGUGAAGACUCGGACGUGAGUAUGCGCACUCUGAGCACGCCCAGUCCUGCUCUCAUCCUUCCUCGCUCUUCACCUGCCUUCUUCAAUGGCUCCUCUUUGUCUUUUGCUCCUGAGACUGUUGGUCUCACUUACCCUCAGCGUGGCAUGUGCCAAUCCAAAGACCACCAUCAGGGGGCGCCUAUCGACAUGCUGCCUGACCAUGCCUUUCUGCAGAUCUUUGCCCAUCUGCCCACCAACCAGCUCUGCCGUUGUGCCCGUGUAUGCAGACGAUGGUAUAACCUGGCAUGGGACCCCCGGCUCUGGAGGACAGUGCGUCUGACUGGCGAUGUGGCACACGUGGACCGGGCGUUGCGAGUUCUUACGCGUCGUCUAUGUCAGGAUACACCAAACGUAUGUUUAACUGUGGAGAUGGUGGUGUUGAAUGGCUGUCGCAGACUUACAGACCGUGGCCUUUACACGGUAGCACAGUGCUGCCCCGAGCUGCGGCGCCUCGAUCUUGCCGGCUGCUACAACGUGUCCAAUGAAGCUGUGUUCGAGGUGGUCUCACGAUGCCCAAAUCUGGAGCACCUGGAUGUCUCAGGAUGCUCGAAGGUGACGUGCAUCAGUCUGACACGUGAAGCGUCCAUCAAACUCUCUCCUCUUCAUGGCCAACAGAUCUCUGUCCGCUACCUGGACAUGAGCGAUUGCUUUGCUCUGGAGGACGAGGGUCUGCACAUCAUCGCGGCUCACUGCACACAGCUCUCGCACCUGUAUCUGCGCCGCUGCGUGCGCCUGACCGACGAGGGUCUGCGUUUCCUCGUCAUCUACUGCCCGGCAGUGCGUGAGCUGAGCGUUAGUGACUGCCGCUUCAUCAGCGACUUCGGGCUGCGCGAAAUCGCCAAGCUGGAGGGUCACCUGCGCUACCUGAGCAUAGCGCACUGCGUCCGCAUCACUGACGUCGGAAUACGCUAUAUCGCAAAGUACUGCUCCAGGCUACGUUACCUGAACGCCCGAGGCUGCGAAGGCCUCACGGACCAUGGCAUCGAGCAUCUGGCCAAAAGCUGUCCCAAGCUUAAGAGCCUGGACAUCGGGAAGUGCCCGCUGGUGUCAGACGCCGGGCUGGAGGUACUCGCACUCAACUGCUUCAAUCUGAAGCGCCUGAGCCUGAAGGCAUGCGAGAGCAUCACGGGCCGUGGGCUGCAGGUAGUGGCGGCCAACUGUUUUGACCUGCAGCUUCUCAACGUGCAGGAUUGUGACGUGUCGCUCGACGCGCUGCGUUUUGUCAAGCGACACUGCAAGCGCUGCAUCAUCGAACACACCAACCCCGCCUUCUUCUAAAUGCUACACAAAACAGUUUUUUUUUUUUUUUUUAAAUUAAAUGUCCAUUUGGCUGCAGCUAUGAUGACAAUCUCAUUUACAUCAUGCUAACAAGCACUUUCUAUUCAUUUGUUAGCAAUUCUAGCACUUUGGGGUUCCAGGAAGUAAGGUCUGUAUACACUAAGACGACAUAUUUGCAUCUAAAUGCCAAAGAUCGAUCUGAUCAUCUUGAUUACUGUCACUACAGAUCACUUGAUUUAAUAUUAAUUGAAUUAGCUUGAUGUAUGCAGACCAUAAGAGAUUAUAUACGCAAAGGUUCCUCCUUACUUCAAAUGUAGUCCAUCAUCGAUGAUAUGUUUGGCUUCUGGUAUUUAGUUACCCACUAGAACUAUUCAGCUAACUAUGCUCAGUCAUGUGACCGAGUUCCUGCUAUGGUUUAGGACACAGUGGGACUUCUUUGUGGUGACGAAUUGUGGAAACCCAGGUGGCCAUUUUGUAAAGCUCAGCCUCCUGAAGUUUGGAGAUAGCAUUACCACAGAAAAAGGCCAAUUCUUUGACAUACACCAAACACACUUUAUAUUUCCACAUUGACUACAUUUACAGAAGCGUAAACCUAAAAUUGGGUACAGUUUGAUUUUUUCUUUUUACACUUUCAACACAUUUUAGAAUAUGGCUGUUUUUUUUUUUAAAGGACUCUUUUUUUUAUGUGUUUAACCCAUAUUUAUGCUCAGUUUGUAUUUUCUCAUACCUUCAUCCCCUACAUUUUAUGUUAAUUAUAUUACAGCGAUCAUGUACAGAAGAUCAUGUUUGUUUGUUUGUUUUUAUUUUGGAAAAGGGAAUGUUUUUUUAAGAAAAUAAAGACAUACAGAUUUCUUUAGCGAAAACAGAAGCAUAAUUUCUGUCAUUCAUGGAGCAAACACACCGUUCACACACAUUAGGGCUGAAAAAACAAAAGAUUCGAUCAGUUGCUUCACGACAUCUCAGUACGACUAUGAUGAACUUCGUCACAGUGCCAUUUUCACCACAUAAAAAUGUUCAGGUGCAAACUCAAUAGUGAUAAUAAAGAUAUCAAAGCCAUAUUAAAACUAAAUAAAACAG